AUGUGCUGGUCACGCGCAGUUAUCACAGUGCAGACUGUGACACCGACCACUCUCUGGUUGUCAGCAAGAAUCAACAACCCUGAGCUGCGGGAACACUUCGCCAAAGCCAUCGAUGUAGCCCUUGAGGGUUGCCCAGCUGGCAGCGCUACAGAGCGGUGGAACCACAUCCGUGAGGCUGUGUUUCAGACUGCCAUGGGUACCUUUGGGAAAAGAGAGAGAAAGAGUGCAGACUGGUUUGAGUCAGGAGUCGCUGAGCUGGAGCCCGCUAUCGCUGCUAAGCGAGCUGCCCUACUUGCCCACAAAAAUUACCCCUCCAUGAAGACGCUCGCGACACUUCGUGCUGCUUGCUGCAACACACAGAGGAUCGCCAGACGCUGUGCUAACAACUAUUGGUCGAGCCUCUGCCAAGACAUCCAGCUCUUUGCAGACAUGGGCAAAGUGCGGGGUAUGUACGAUACUCUGAAAAAAGCUUUUGGCCCAAGCACCAUCAAGACUGGCCCCAUCAAAUCUGCCGAAGGCGUGCUCAUCAAAGACCGCAGCAAGCAGAUGGAGAGAUGGGCUGAACACUUUCAAAAGCUCUACUCGAGAGAAACUACAGUCUCCAACACAGCCCUCGAGCGUACUCAUCCACUACCUACUAUGGACGAACUUGACGCACCACCUACAAUUGAAGAGCUCAGCAAAGCCAUUGACUCCCUAGCCAGCGGAAAAGCACCAGGCAGCGACAACUCCCUCCUACAACAUCUUCACAUGCUCCUUCUGCAGUGCUGGGAGGAGGGGGCUGUGCCCCAGGACAUGCGCAACGCCAUGAUUAUCACGAUCUACAAGAACAAGGGAGAACGCAUUGUCGGCAAAGCCUUUGCCCGUGUCGACCUCGACAGACUGCAACUCCUUGCUGAGCGUGUUUACCCUGAGGCACAGUGUGGAUUCAGGACCGCCAGAUCAACCAUUGACAUGGUGUUCUCUGUGAGGCAGCUACAGGAGAAAUGCCGGGAGCAGAGACAGCCCCUGUACCUGGCUUUCAUCGACCUCACCAAGGCCUUCGAUCUGGUUAGCCGAGAUGGACUGUUUGCCCUCCUCCAGCGUAUUGGAUGUCCUCCCAAGCUCCUGAGUCAGAUCGUGUCCUUCCACCAGGAUAUGAGCGGCACUGUCCAGUUUGACGGAUUAUGCUCGGAGCCCUUUCCGAUCAGAAAUGGAGUGAAGCAGGGCUGCGUCCUUGCCCCGACCCUCUUUGGCAUUUUCUUCUCCCUGCUCCUAUCACACGCUUUCGGGGACUCCGAUGACGGCAUAUUCAUUCACACCAGAAGUGACGGAGGGCUCUUCAACUUAGCAUGCCUUCGAGCAAAGACCAAACCGCCUGUGCAGAGUAUUGGCCUCACCAUCAGCCUCAAGAAGACCCAAGUCAUGGGCCAGGAUGUCAGCAGCGCCCCCAGCAUCUCCAUUGGCGAUCACACUCUCGAGGUGGGUGGAGAAGUUCACCUAUCUCGGGCCACUAUCUCUAGCAACCUCUCCCUUGAUGCAGAGCUGAACACCAGGAUUGGCAAGGCAGCGACCGCGAUGGCCCGCUUGACGAAGCGAGUCUGGGACAACACCAUGCUCACCAUCAACACCAAGAUAAGAGUAUACCAGGCCUGUGUACUGAGCACUCUCCUGUUUUCCUCCAGAUGA